AUGGUGAAGAAGCAUGUGGAGAAGAGAGGAGGCGGCGGCGGCAGCGGCAAAGAGAAAGAGAAAGAGAAAGAGAAAGAGAAAGAGAAAGAGAAAGAGAAAGAGAAAGAAAAAGAAAAAGAAAAAGAGCAGGGUUAUAAACAAUGGAAGUCACUUGUCCCUAUAAUUUACGAUUGGCUAACUCAUCACUCACUUCUCUGGCCUUCUCUAUCAUGCAGAUGGGGUCCCCAGUUAAAAAAGGGUUCUUUCAAGAACAGCCAGCGCCUUUACAUUUCCGAACAGACUGAUGGUAGUGUGCCAAACACACUUGUUAUCAUAAAUUGUGAUAUUGUUAAACAUAGGGUUGCUUCAGCUCAACAUAUCACACUGUUCAAUGACAAGUCUAGUUCUCCAUUUGUGAAGAAAUUCAAAACAAUCAUUCACCCUGGAGAGGUGAAUCGAAUCAAAGAACUUCCUCAAAAUAGAAAUAUUGUGGCCACUCACACUGACGGUCCAAAUGUUCUAAUUUGGAAUGUUGAGAGCCAGCCUAAUCGACAAGCUGUGUAUGGAGCCCGAAAUUCUUGUCCAGAUUUGGUACUUAUUGGGCAUAAAGAAAAUGCAGAAUUUGCUCUUGCUAUGGGCCAAACUGAACCUUUUGUGCUUUCUGGAGGUAAGGACAACUUGGUGGUUCUAUGGAAUAUAGAAGAUCAUAUCUCCACCUUGGCCUUAAAGACACCAUCUGGUAGUGGUAGAACCAUAAAAAACUCCAAGGCUAGUGGGAGUUCUGUUGAAAGUAUUACUACUCUUCAUCCUCGAGGUACCUAUCUAGGACAUCAAGAUACAGUUGAGGAUGUACAAUUUUGCCCUUCAAGUGGACAAGAGUUCUGUAGUGUGGGUGAUGAUUCAUGUCUCAUACUUUGGGAUGUAAGGACAGGUUCAAAUCCAACUAUCAAGGUUGAGAAAGCUCAUGAUGCUGACAUUCAUUGUGUUGAUUGGAAUUCAUAUGAUCUUAACCUUAUUUUGACUGGAUCAGCUGAUAAUACAGUAAUGAUGUAUGACCGUAGAAAACUUACUUCUGGAUUACCCGUUCAUGUAUUUGAGGGUCACAAUGCUGCUGUUCUGUGUGUACAGUGGUCUCCCGACAAGGCAUCAGUUUUUGGAAGUUCAUCGGAAGAUGGAACAUUGAACUUAUGGGAUCAUGAAAAGAUGGGCGUAAUGCAAGAAUUUGGUGGAUCAUCAGAUAGUUCACCGGGCUUGUUAUUUAAUCAUUGUGGUCAUAGAGGCAAAGUUGUGGAUUUCCAUUGGAGUUCUUUUGAUCCUUGGACAAUUGUUAGUGUGUCGGAUGAUGGAGACAGUAUUGGCGGCGGUGGUACUAUGCAGAUAUGGAGAAUUAUAGACAUGAUUUACCGACCACGAGAGGAGGUUCUGGCUGAGUUAGAGAAUUGUAAGAUAUAA